AGGCUCACAUUCAAGCUUUUGCCGCGGGUGGCGGUGGAGGGGCGGCGGGAUCCACUGUGCAUUUUCAACGACUGCUCAUUUGACGGCAGUCGGGACGGCGGUGGCGCGCGCCACUUCUUGGAAGGGCCACGUAGCGGAGCCGGUUGUUCUCCGAGGAUUGUAACGCACUUUAGCAUGUAAGAUUUCUGACCCCCCGGAUUUUGUUAACAAAUACAGAUGACAGCACCGGCUUGUGUAAAUCGCAAAUCUGGAGGGAGCGGAAAAAAGUGCAACCCUGAAUAAUCUGUGCAACUGCCAACUCUGAUUGAUUGCGCGAACGCCAGAAGAAGAAGGUCGCUCUCGACGGAGGUAAUGCACAGUAAAUGGCUGUUCAAGCAAGACCGGGGUCCUUUCAGCAGCAUCCUAUCUGGCCAUCAGCUCGCCUUCGCUCACUUUACAGUUUGAAGGACUUAAGGUUGUACUCAGCUAAAGUCCUCAAAGGACGAAAACCGGAUUUAUAAAAGGAGAUUUCUAAGCAAAUGGAGCAAGCUUUGGGACAUUUUUUAUGUCUGUCCAGCGGUUUUUCCUGCCUUGGACAUCAUGGAUGCUCUUUUUGAAUCCGGUUGACUGUCACUCACUACCUCGUCCCCUUCUUCCUGUCUCUACAGUAAGGGGGUGGGGGAUUGGCUUUGCAUCCCCUUCUCCUCCUUGCAGACAAAGCAAGUCCAGCUUGGCACCAUAGAACUUUUUUUUUCUUUUUUUUGUUGGCAUUGUUCUGUGCUCCCAUCCACUUCAUUGGGUCUCCAUGAAGUCCUGCCAGAGCCUAAAGGAGGAAGUUUCUGUUCCCAGCCUUGGCGGGAUGUCACAGGAGGAGGGACAUAGGGCUCCAGUGUCCCAGACUUAUUUCCAUGCUUCCAACCAAGACCUGGAGCUGACGGAAAAGGUGUAUAAGAGGGAGGUUGGUGGCAAGCCCUACUCUGUGUUGGUGGACGCAAAAAUGGCAGCCAGGGGCUCCAUCGGAGAUCACAGUCUGGGUCAGCUGUCCUCUCAACAUGUCCCCCCACAGCAUCAGCAGUACUUCAGAGAGGGAGGGGUGGGACAGGAGGCGGGAGCACAGGGGUCGCAUACAGGCAAUGAAACGUCCACUGAUGACACUGACAAUGAUGAUGAAGACGAUGUAGAUGAGGAGGGCUAUAAGCGUGAGCAGAUCAUCGUGGAGGUUAACCUGAACAACCAGACGCUCCAUGUUUCCAAAGGAGACAACAAAACUGGAACCUCAGCAGACGACUCGGAGAGACCUGGAACUGAUGAAGACGAUGAGGGGGAAGAAGAAGAGGAUGACGAGGAGGAUGAGGACAGUCCUGUUGAACAAGAAGAAGAAGAAGACGACGACGAGGAAGAGCUCGGGAGUCCAAUUAUACGGUCGAAAAGAACCCGCAGAGGUGCCGGCAGCUUAUCCGCCACCAACCAGCCACGGAGGAAAAGCCUCCGAACAGCUCUGAGUGCUGCCAGUGCUGGAAUGACCACCAGGGGGCGACGAAAGCACAUCGAGUCUCCAAAGAGCAAGCGAAGGUCAGCCAGGGCAGCAUCUUCUCCUGCUGGUACCACAGUGGGAGGAGGGAAGUCUGAAAUGGAGGAAAAGGAGAUGUUGGCAUGUGAAAAGUGUCCAAGAGUCUUCAACACACGCUGGUACCUGGAGAAGCACAUGAACGUCACCCACAGGCGCAUGCAGAUCUGCGACAAGUGCGGCAAGAAGUUUGUCUUGGAGAGUGAGCUGGCACUUCAUCAGCAAACGGACUGUGAGAAGAACAUCCAGUGUGUUUCCUGCAACAAGUCCUUCAAGAAGCUGUGGUCGCUGCAUGAGCACAUUAAAAUUGUGCAUGGUUAUGCAGAGAAGAAGUUCUCAUGUGAAAUCUGUGAGAAGAAGUUUUACACAAUGGCUCAUGUCCGUAAGCACAUGGUUGCUCACACAAAAGACAUGCCAUUCACCUGCGAGACAUGCGGGAAGUCAUUUAAACGCAGCAUGUCUUUAAAAGUUCAUUCUCUGCAGCACUCGGGGGAGAAACCCUUCCGCUGUGAGAACUGCGACGAACGGUUCCAGUACAAGUACCAGCUGCGCUCCCACAUGAGCAUCCACAUCGGACACAAGCAGUUCAUGUGCCAGUGGUGCGGAAAGGACUUCAACAUGAAACAGUAUUUCGAUGAGCACAUGAAAACGCACACAGGGGAAAAGCCGUUUAUCUGUGAGAUCUGUGGGAAGAGCUUCACCAGCCGCCCCAACAUGAAACGCCACCGCCGCACUCACACGGGCGAGAAGCCGUACCCGUGCGACGUGUGCGGCCAGCGCUUCCGCUUCUCCAACAUGCUCAAAGCGCACAAAGAGAAGUGUUUCCGGGUGACCAGCCCCGUGGUUCUCCAGACUAGUGGACCUCCCGUGCCUGUCCGCAUCUUUACAAAUGCCUUCUCCUCUUCCUCCUCCACCUCCGGCCCCGGGCCCUCUGCUGUCACCCCGGCCACCACCUCGGCAUCUUUGGGUCUCAGCCCGUCAGGGGGAUCCAUUUCUCCCCCGGGCCCUGUUGGACACACCUUUUCCCAUGUGCCGCUUCACUCGGCCCCCUCCCUACAUCAUUCCCAUCUCACAACAACCCAGCAGCACCUCGCAAGCACACCGCAGCCUGCCCACCAUCACCUGGCUGUCCCCCCGGUCUCCCACCUGCCCCCACCCCCGGCUCUUUUUAAGAGCGAGCCCCUGAAUCACUGUGGGCACGAAGACAGCAGCUACCUGCAUCACAUGAACCCACAUGACAAGGGGCCCGGAGCUCCACAGCACCACUAAACUGCUCAUCAGGCAGCACCAACACUUCGCCUUGUAUCUCAUCGUCGCAUAGUCUGUCUGUUUGUUUCCUGCAGGAUCCUGAACACCUGGACACCUAGAGGAGGAUCUGUGUGCAGCAGAGGCGGCACACGGACAGAGCCCAGUACUCUAACACUGUAGUGAUGUUUAAGCUGGCGCUCAUUGUGCAGCCUAACUAGAAAGAACUAAUUCCUAAAGUAAUGACGUAUCUAUUCUGUUUUGAUAAGAGUGCUGACCCAAAAAUGCAGGCUUCUCUUUUUGUGGACAUGCCUUUCUUCUGUCAAAUAGAUUUAUCUAAAGCUAAACAAAUCUGUGAAUGUUCAAAAAGGUUCAAACUAAUGCCCCCCUUCCGGUGCAGAUGUUCAAGUAAAACCUCCGUUUUAUAACCGAAGAACCUUCACCGUUUUCUUCUCACUGGCAUUUCGGUGUGGACGGGUUUGAACGACCUAUUAUCAAACGCUGCUGAUGGAAGACAACAUACGUAUUCUGUUCCUCAAAGAUUUGUUUAGCUCUAUUUUUUUUUUUAUUCAAAUGUAUUCAAAGUAACACAUUCAGUCAGAACUUGACAUUUCUGUUCAGGUCCUUCCCAUAGCAAUAUUCCAAGCAUCUUUCAGUUCAACCAAAACCUCUGGGCCUACAGAAAUGUGUCAUGAAUGUUUGAAACAGGUUCUACCUGAGCCCUCUUCUGUCUGAAGGCCAAGACCGAGGCUUUCAUUCACAGGAGCAACAGCAGUAGGGCGAGAUGCAGUGCCAUAGGUUGGAGGGGUGUACAAGAAAAUAAUGUCAAAUGUUCUGGGGUUUUUUUUUUAAACCAAGACCAGGUUUGAGGUUCAUGUGGUGCUUUCCAUUCCAGUAGAUAAUAUAUUUCCUCAUUUUGCUUUCACCUUUGACUUUAAAAAGUAUGGAACUCUGGUCGUGCAGGAUCUAUUUCGGCUUUCCUCGCUGCCGUUUGGUUCGAAAACGCCUUGGGGUUGACUUCAGUCAAACGGGAUGCGCCCCCCCAAGCAAACGCAACUUUAAGCACACAAGCAAAACAAAGACUGCAGCGCCACUGAUGCCCCUGCGGGGAUCAGUGCCACCUCAGCUUUCAGUACUGUUAGUUGUACAGUUAUGGAUGAGCUACUGCCACUGUGAGAGGCCGGACACGUGGCCCCGUCGGGAUUUACCCCACCUUCCUUCGCUGCUGUUCAAAUAAUACGGGUUUCCAUGUUAAAGGUCAUCCCACACACACUCACAGUAAGCCCAGCUGGGACCUUAAAAGCUCUUACUGGGAAGUUAUGCAUUUUCCUUUCAGCCUAUAUUCCACGGUUUGGGGUGUUUUUGACCCUCUGUACUGACAUCCUUUGAUCCCACAGAGAAGCGCGUGGCUAAAGCUCUUGAAUGUUGCCUAAAGGGGAACGUGUUCUCUGAUUAUUCACUCAGUUUGAAAGUAUUGAGUGGCUCUGUCGCGUCAGUCUGUUGUUAGCACCUGAUAGGAUCAUCGGGAAAGGAAGAGGGUGACUUUUCCAGUGAUCGGCUCACAUGUGAUCAAAGCAGUGGCGUGAAUGAUUCACCCAGAUUGGAGGUGUGUUUUAAGGAAGUGUGUGUUCGCUUUGAUGAGUUUGGUUGUCUCUAGUGCUCUUUCUACCAAAAGCUGCUUUUACAGAGUGCCCCAUCAUCGUGUGUAUUUGGGGACUACCUGAGACGGACAUAGCAGUAAAUUGGCCUCACGAGUUUAGUCCUUCCUUUUUCGAUUGGAGAGCUGUGAUCAUCCUGCCAAUUCUGUGGGUCUUAAUGCUGCUGCAAUACUCGCUGGUUCCAGUCCUCUCGUUUUCUGCUGUGAUUCAGCAUUUUGCAGUAUAUGGAUCUCUAUUUUAAAAUUUUAAAGCCUUUUCAGUUGUGUGUAUUCUCUGCACUUUACUGCUGCGUGGGAAGGGGCGCAGGGAAGGGGGGGAGGGCUUAACCAUGCGUUGUGGAAAAGAGUGCAGUUGUGGCUGCAUGGGGAAGGGUGGAGGCGCUUACCUUUGAGUGGAUGUUUUUAGGCAAGGAAGGAAGGAGAAUCACAGGUGGAGGUGGGUAGUGGGAAAGAGACCAUAGCAAAUGAAGGACAUUUUCUUUUCUUUUUAUAUUGUCAAGCGUUAUAUUUCAUAAAUAAUCAUUUUCUUCAAUCCAAAUUAAAAUGAUGCUCCUCCUCCUGCUUUGGCUUCUUGACACUAGCCCCUCCUUGCAAUGUCUUAAAGAACUAUUUUUUCACCUUUUUUUCCGUUUGUUGGGGUAUUUUUUUCUGUUCCAUCGUGUCCCGUCUGGUCUCUGUUCGCCGAAUGAUUCUCCUCCUCCUUUCUUUGUGAUAUAGAAUGCACUUUCUACUAAAAUCCUUAAGUAGUUAAGUAAAAAAAUAACAUUGUAUAUUCUUUAAAGAGGUUUUAAAAAUCAUUAUACUUUCCCCUUUGUAUUUUUAACCACUUAAUGUAGCAUUGUGUAUUUUAUUAUUGUAUCUGGUACAAAAAAUGUGCAGCAUUAUAAUGUCUUGGUUUGUCUUUUGUUUGUAUCUUCUUUGAAAACUGAUGAGAGAAGUGAAAAAGUUGGGCCUUUUUUUGAUAAUGUACAUUUAACUGACUGCUAACUUUGAGAAGUAAAAGAAAAGUAGCCAUGAU